UCCCUUCCUGUCAUGCUCGGACGCGGGAGGAAGGAGGGCGAUAACUUCAUGUGACUGCUCCUUCCCCGAACGCCCUUCAGCAUCGGCUGCGGCUCGGGAGACACCACAUGGACCCGGCUCCCCGGAGAAAGCUCCGUCACUGACAAGACCCAUAAGGAGCCCCCAGCACCGCCCGGGAAGGGUACAAUUCAGGACCAGUGGCCUGUAAAAUUUGCAUGUAAAGUCUGAACCAGCCUCAUACGGGAUCAAAGCCAUCAUCAUGGACUUCGUUAUGAAGCAAGCUCUGGGAGGGGCCACCAAGGACAUGGGGAAGAUGCUUGGUGGAGAUGAAGAGAAAGACCCUGAUGCAGCCAAGAAAGAGGAGGAACGCCAGGAAGCCCUUCGGCAGGAAGAGGAGGAGAGAAAAGCCAAAUACGCCAAGAUGGAGGCUGAGCGGGAGGUCAUGAGACAAGGGAUCCGGGAUAAGUACGGGAUCAAGAAGAAGGAGGAACGCGAGGCAGAAGCCCAGGCCGCGAUGGAAGCUAACUCGGAAGGCAGCCUUACGCGUCCGAAGAAGGCCAUCCCACCGGGCUGCGGCGAUGAAGAAGAGGAGGAGGAAGAGAGCAUCCUGGAUACCGUCAUCAAAUACCUCCCUGGGCCUCUCCAGGAUAUGUUCAAGAAGUAAUUCCCCACGAACUCUCAGACUGUUUCUACUAUGAACAGCAAAGCAAUGCCGUUCCCGCCCCUCGGUGGGAGCUCAAUCUCACCACCCACCAUGCCCCCCUCUGCUCACUCCAUCUCCCCGCCCCUGCCCCUCCCCGGCUGCCCGGGGCCCCCUGGCCGGGCCUAUUUGUACAUAGCCCCCUCCCCACUCUCCCCAGUAGAUGCCUCCCAUCCAUCACUUGUCAGGAGCAGAGUGCCGCAGUCUACUCAACUUUAAUUAUAAGCCAUAGUACUAGGUGUGUUAGGAAACUCAGCUAAUCAGGCACCUCUACACUCGACAGAGAAAAGGGGAGACCUCCCAGUGGUUUCUGGCCCCCACAUAAGCAGCACCACAUUCCCAGAGAGCAAGCAGGGGCUUCUUUUAAUUAUCCACGGGAUAUUUGCCAUGACCGCCAACGGGCCCACCAUCCGGCCUUGGUCAAACGGGGUUUCCCCCGCUCCUGUAGGUGUCUUCACCAUCGCUGCCCUCUCCCAGGGAAAGGGGAAUUUAUCUCUGUGCAGGGACCCUUUGGAAAGGCAAUCAUUUGAAAUGCAAAUUUCCCAUAGGAGGGCCAAGCCUUCCCAAGUAUUUCUUGUGUUAAUACCACUGCCACCCAGGUCUCAGAAUCCAGUCUAGGGUCUUAUUCCACAUUAUUAAGAAGAGAGAGAAAUCUGCAUGGGAAUGACCUGAGAGGAGGGAGAAAGGGGGCUCUGGGGUGUUCCCUGGAGUUUAGUCGCUUUGUGUGCAAAGCUUGGAGCAUCCUAGAAAAGGGUCAGAAUAUCCUUCCCUGCCUCCAUUUUCACCCCCACACACCCACACCCCUUAGGACACUGACUGUAGAACUGUUCUCUCCCACUGUGGACCGUCUGAUGUUCUCUGAUCACCAACAUUAGUACCUUGUGGGACAUCCCCCAGGGCUUGGGACAAGGACAGACUGUCUUUUUCUCAUACAUGGAGAACAGGAAGGCAUGGGGAUCAGGGGCAACCGGUGUUAGUUAUUAGGCUCUCAGAACAAGUAUGAAAGGCCAAAGUUCCAAUACUGCAUCUUUCUUCCUGUGCACCAUGUUCCUUGCAUGAAAGAUGGAGCUAUCACUAGAAGUAGAAGCUUAAAGCGCAUUGCUCUGAGACCCUCUUGCCAUGGUAACCAAACUCAGGAAAGUAAGGAUGAAAUAUCCCCGGAGAAAACUCCCUUCAGAGAGGAAGUCUAUGUAAGCCCUCAGUCCCUCCAGGGUAGAUUCAGGGCUCAGGACCCUCUUUCUGAGCAGGGAAUGUUCUUCAAGACAGUUUCAGGACACGAUAGUUAUCAAGACCCCUAUUCUCCACCUGACAUUCCAGGAUCCAUCACUUCUUUCCCAGUUUGUUUUUCUUCUUAAAGGACUUUUCAAUUUUAACAAAUGACCUAAAACUCUCUAUCUUUCCCUUCUCUGCCUCUCUAUUUACCCAUUAUCUAUCUGUACACCAUCUCUCCAUCCAUUUACCGAAUGCCUUUGACUCUGUCUCCUUCUGUGUUUCUGUCCAUCUCUCCCAUCCAUAUCUCUUUCACUCUCCUAGAAGGUUCUCUCCAUUCAUGCCCUAGGAUAUUCCAGCUUCAAAGAUUACUAUGGCAAAUUUCUUCUAUGCUAGACAGGAAAAAUAAGUGUUUUUUUAAAGGGGUGAGGUGGGCAAGUGGUAAGGGACCUAUACCAGGUCGCGUCUUGAUUUUUUCAAAUUUCUUAGUGCUCAUGGUAAAGGAGCAAGAAAGUUGUGUCUUGGGUUUGAGAAGAGGUGGGGAAAGAGUGUUGUUCUGGGAGGCUUGUGGGCUAAUCUAUCCCGGGGUCUGUACCCAAGCUCCAGCCCUAAGGGACUAUUUUUCCUAUACCCCUUAUUUCUCCUCCUAGCCAUUGGAAGGGUGAGUCGUCCUCCCUAGGAGAUCCACAUCAGAUCAUGUGCAUGUGGGGGGUGAGAAUGGGGGAAGGGGAGAGGUUGUUUCAUUCAAACUCUCAGUUCUGGAUUGCUGGGGCCAAGAAAGAUGAGUAGGUUAAAGUAAAUGGCCUGGUAUGUAUUGGACAUCUUUUCUCCAAACAAUACUGAACUCAGAAGUCACAUCACAGGCCUCCUGGGGUUUGAAUUAUCACCGUGCCUUCUGGGACAACCUGGAAAGGACUUUGUGCAGAAAAUAAAUCAUGAAAUCUAUUAGAGUCCCUCAAGCGAGGCUGGCUCUCACAUUAUUUGAGCUUCAUUCUAUCCCCAAACUCUCUUUCUCUGUCUGUUUUUCUCUCUCUUACGUGCGCACACACACACACACACACACACACACACACACACACACACACACUCCUCUGCUAGAAUUUAGUAGAAUACUCCUCAACAUUCUCAACAGAAGAACUGACCGUCUGUUAAGUCAUUUUGGAGUUUCUCUGUAAGCCCUUCUCCCUCAGGUCUUUUCCAAAGAAAGCCAAUCUGGAGUCCACCUCCUCCCUUAAAAAUACUAGCCAAUUUCUGGCCUGUCAGUCCCCACUCUUGGAGAAUGGAAAGAGAUGAGAGUACGGGAAAGGGAUUUUGUCUUGUUUUAGUCACUGGGCCACAUGAGGUAAUUCAUCACCAUACAUUCCUGCUGAAAAAGACCUGGAAUCAAGACUAAUUUGGCCCACACCCUUAAAAUCCUUUCUAAAAUGGCAGAGAGACCUUUGGCUAAAUCCGGUUCUGCUCUCUGUGCCCUGGGACUAGAGGCAGGUGGAGGAUUCCCAGGCUGAAUUCUGACCCUAAUUUUGUCCUCCAUUUCCAUUUGGUUUCCAUAUACUAUGUUGAAUCUCAGGUAAGCGAGGUAUUCUGUUUUUGGUGAGCCUUUAUUCAGACAGUCGGGGUCCCGCCCCGCGGGUGAUCCGCCAGACAUCGGGCCAAGGGCAGCCUCUCUGUCCUGAUAAAGGCGCUAUCCAAAUCCCUACUUCUCGGAGGGCAAAAAGUUUCGUUUGGCACUGACCUUCAUGACCUUACAUCGAUCCUUAGAGAAAGCCAUAUAAAUCAGACUGCAAUAUUAAUUAUGAAUGCUACUCUACAUUACAGGAGAAUAGACCAUGUGCUAACUCAACUUCGGAGUUUCUCUGUCCGUGUUUCUAGCUCUGUGUCUUAGCCAAGUAUCUCCCCCAUCCCCUCCCUCUUUCUAGCUCUAGGGGGGAGAGAGACAUAAGAAUGCUGCUGACCCCUGUGCCGCUCCCUUGUGUGCGUGUCAUGUUUUUAGGAACCUGCUCUCGUGACUGGCCGUGGUUGUGAUUGUGAUCUUUGUCAUCCUGUGUGUCCCUAUCCCGUGUUUCUGCGCGUUUUAUCCCGUCCCCCAAAAUGAAAUGCAUCAUGUUGUCAGUCAAUAAAUCAUGGGGGAAGUGGGGGUGGGAGGGGUGGGUGGGAGGGGAAUGUCUUUCCAAAAACGCUUGUUUUCACAAACGCAAACUCUGAGUAGACGGGGCAUUUCCCAAUAGCAAUGAGCUUGUCCUCCCAGUUUCCAGAUGCAUGGAGCCCCUCCCGUGCACGGUGGGGGGCCAAGGACCACCCGUGCACAGUGGAGACAUGUGGAUGUCCACCCCAUGGUGCUUUGCCUGCUUUUCUUGCAUGACGUGGUGACUAAUGUGAUGUUCUUUUCCAAUGGAAUCGCGGCCAAUAAAGAAUUAUAGGAUCUCA